AUGAAGCACCGAUCUCGAAAAUCGCAACCCAAGGGAGCCACUCCUCAUAGACCUUAUGGCGAGACUGUCAAGGACAAUGAAAAGUUCAAGACGUACUACAAGAGCCAGAAUAUGCUUUCUGAAGAAGAGUUUGAGGAGUUUUACAAAGCGUUGCAACAGCCUCUUCCCACCACUUUCCGUAUCACUGGCAGUCGAAGCAACAAGUUGCAGCUGCGUGAGAUUGUAGAGGAGAUGUUUGUACCAAACAUGCAAGCCAUCGAAGUCGAAGGCCAAGUAUUCGAGCCACCAAAACCUUUGUCCUGGUAUCCUGAUCACCUUGGAUGGCAAGUGAAUGUACCACGUAGCUUGCUUCGCAAGUCGGCCGAAUUUGCAAAGUUUCAAAAGUUCAUUGUUGCUGAGACCGAAGCCGGUAAUAUGAGCCGUCAAGAAGCUGUCAGUAUGGUGCCACCCCUUUUAAUGGAUAUUCAACCUCAUCACUGGGUCCUUGACAUGUGUGCUGCACCUGGUUCCAAGACUGCUCAAAUCAUCGAAGCCGUGCAUGCCAAUGACCAAUUGAAUGAAUUGCCGAAGGGUCUCGUGGUUGCCAAUGAUGCUGAUUAUCGACGUAGCCAUAUGCUUGUUCACCAAUCAAAACGCUUGCAAUCUGCUUGUUUCAUGGCAACCAACCACAAAGCUCAGCAAUUACCCACCGUCCAUGUGGUGAACGAAAAGGGUGAAAAGGAAGGAUGGCAAUUCGAUCGUGUAUUGUGUGAUGUUCCUUGCAGUGGUGAUGGUACUUUGCGCAAGAAUGAAGGCAUCUGGAACGAUUGGAGACCUAGCAAUGGCCUUGGAUUGCACCGUACUCAAGUCCAGAUCUUUUUGCGUGGUGCUCAACUGACCAAACUCGGUGGACGUCUUGUUUAUUCAACAUGUUCAUUCAACCCUAUUGAAAAUGAAGCUGUGGUUGCAGAGGUGCUUCGUCUUGCAGAAGGUGCAUUGGAGCUUAAGGAUGUUUCAAAUGAGCUUCCCGAAUUACGUCGUAAACCUGGUCUCACGACAUGGAAGGUGAUGACCAAAGACGGCCAAUUUGUUGAUUCUAUUGACGAUGUGCCAGACAGCAACUUGCCUGCCUCCGUUUUCCCGCCUGCCAAUGCUGCUGAUUUGCAUUUGGAACGAUGUUUGAGAAUUUACCCACAUCAGCAGGAUACAGGUGGCUUCUUUGUCGCUGUGUUUGACAAGGUUAAACCCAUGACGGCUGCUGACAAGGCAAAGGUGGCCAAAUCUCAUGGUCAACAGGUGAACGAGCAGGAAGUUGAAGCUGCUGAAGCCAAGGAAGAGAACCUUGUAAAGUCCGUUUCAAAGGAAGAGGAGGAAGAGGAAGAGGAUCAAGAAUCACCCAAGGAGGAAGCUGCUACCCCUGCUGCUGCUGCUGACGACAACAAUGCAGAAGCCAUUCCUGCCAAGAGAGCAAGUGGAUCUGGUCCCAAGAGAGAAAGCAAACGUCAACGUAAGGAUGUUCGUCAACGUCAAGAAGCACCUUUUGAGCUUAUGGCUCCUGACAAUCCUGAUGUGGAUGAAAUUGCCAAAUGCUAUGAUCUCAGCACCGAAUUUCCUCGGGACCAAUAUAUCUUGCGAAGUGAAGAUGUGGCCAAGAAUCGCAACUUGUACUUUGUUUCCAAGCCUGUCAAGAUGGUUCUUGAAUCACCUGACAAGGACCGCUUGCAUAUCGUCAACACCGGUUUGCGUCUCUUUUCACGACAAGGAUCCCUUCAAGACGAGAUCGAGUCACCCUUCCGAUUGACAACAGAUGGUUUGCCUUUGAUUGAGAAAUACUUUACGACCGAGCGAAGGAUAGUGGAUAUCACUGACAAGGACCUACGCGUGUUGCUUUUGGAGCAUAUGCCAAAGAUCGAGACAUUUGAUCCUGAGACACAAAAGAAAAUGGACAAGCUGGCUUCCGGUGGAUGUAUUCUACGUAUUGAUUUGGCUCAAGCCUUUGAUAAGCCAUUGAAGACCACACUUUCCAUGUCGAUGCCCAUUUGGAAAGGCAAGUCAUCCGUGAAUCUGCUGAUCAACAAGGUAGAUAAAAGGUUACUUUGUCAACGGAUCUACGGUGUUACACCCGAGCCCAAGAAGGCUGAAAAAUCAGAAGCAUGA